GGAUUUGCUGCAUCAGGCCUGGUUCCAUAUAAGCCAGAGCAGGUGCUUGACCAGCUUCAUAUUCAAUUGAAAACACCUACACCACCAGGCACAUCCUAUAGCAAUCAGUCAUCUAGCUGGACUGCUGAGACACCAAAGAAUGCUAGGGAGCUAGAGAAGCAGUCAGAGCUAAUCAAGCGUCUUUGGCGGCAGCAUACGCGGAGUCCUCCCAGUCCAAUUAGUCAAGCAGUUGAUCAAGUGGUCAAGGGCUGCCAAAUCGCGAUGAAUAAUGCAGUGCUUUUAGAGCAUGAAAUCAAGCAGCUACGUGUGGCCAAUCAACGUCAAAAACGCAAGCAAGAGACAGCUAGAUCCUAUAUUGCUACCGGGGGGAUUUUAACUGCUGAAGAAGGCCAGCAGCUUGCUCAGCAAGCUGCAGAAUUGCAGGCAGAGGUAGCUGACCAAGCUGAUAUGCAGCCUAGAAGACGUGCACCACCGCGGUGCAGCAACUGCAAUAUUCAAGGUCAUACUAGGCUUCAAUUUAGGGGUGGUGUGGUGAGAUAA